AUGGAGCCGAUCGGCGCGGCAGCAUCUCUUGUUACUUUAUUGGCAGUCUCGAAGGGCAUUGCUGAUAGAGGUCUGCUUUUGGUCAAACGAUAUCGAGGGUAUUCUGCGGCCCAGGCUGUGGUCCGAGAUCGGUUGCUUCAGCUGGAGGUACAGCUCAGCCUGCUCAACGAAGUCAAGAAAGCCAUCUCAGAAUCCAAUAUUCUAUCGGAUGACGUGAAGACACAACUUUUAGAAAGUCUUUGUAAUACUCACUUCUCAUUUGAGUCGAUACGAGAUCUUUUGGCCCAAAAUUCUGAGGAGGGAGGAACUCGAGCACGGCUGCGAUGGGCUCGAAAAGGCGAGGCUGAGGUUCGAGACUGGGUCGAAAAGCUUGCUCAACAUGGCCAAAGCCUAGGCGAUCUGCUCAGUACUCUCCAGGUCAAACUGUCAGCGCAUUCACUCAAAAUAAGCGAAGCUUCCGACAGCAAACUGGCUCUCAUCGUCAAGAAUCAAGAUGAAGAGAAGCAAACCAAAAAAAUCGCUCGAUUUAGGGAAAUUCGCAAUAGGAACGAAAGAGUCAGGUCUAGGUCUGACGAAGGCAUGCUCUGGUGUCUUCUUCUCCGGCUACCACCCGGUAUUCGCAAUCUCACAUUCCUACAAAAUUACAAAGUUCAAUUCAGCUUCUCGGUCCUAUGCAAGCCGAUAAUACCACACAAUAUAGUGCCAGAUUCGGCAGAGAUCUUUGAAGCUUGCAAGUCUGGCGAUGCACUUGGUGUCAAGCAUAUCCUGGAUUCAGGAGAGGCUAGUCCCCGCGAUACCACAUCACAAGGCUCAACACCUUUGCGAUUCGCAAUCGAAAGUGGCUCGAUGUCACUCGUACAGCUACUUCUAGAUUACGGAGCAGAUCCGGAUACACCAUUUGGACAGAUGCAAACGUCACCGAUCGCAUGGGCCUUUGGAGCUCGCCAAAUAGAAAUUGCACGCUUCCUCCACUCUCGAGGCGCAGACAUCGAUUCUCCAAACACAAACGGAUGGACACCGCUCUUCUACCUCUUCGGCUCAAUCGGUAGCGUCGACCAAGACCAUUCCCCAAAACCACCAGAACCAUCGCUUACAAACAACUCCCCGAUAUCAGAGUACAUCCAAUUCCUCACCUCCUCCUCCCCCCUCCACGACAUCAACGCCCGCGACUCCCGCGGCUUCACCAGCCUCCACCGCGCCUCCAUCCACGGCCAAGGACCAGACAUCCUCCCCUUCAUCCACGCACAAGCAUGUCUCUCCCCAAAGACCAAACUCCUCCAAUAG